AUGCCAGCUGCGCGACAUUGCCGAACAAUUGACCUAGGGAUGAAGCUGUCAUCCUUCCUUUCAGCUCCCCCGCUCCAUGACACAGACGCUAUGGAUAAAUUCACCGAUUUGGAACUCAACCGUUUGAUACUCCAAGAACCCCCGCUCGCCAGAAAGGACAAGGACAAGCUCGGCUACAUCUUGUCCCUGAUUUUCCAGUCGUGCACGGUUGAAGUUCCCAACGCGAAAGAUCUUGCUAUUCCGUUGAGGAAAUUACCUUCCAAUGCCGGGCUCGAUCACCUAGAAACCUUCACUCUGAAGCCAGGUGGAGAUCCGAUGGUGCACCUGUAUGAUAGCGCAAAACGUCAAUGGAAUUGGCCACUUUCAAAACAGCGUAAACGUGAAAAAAGCGACUUGGUUCAGGGAGGAGGGAGUAGCAUGGGUGAGAAGUCAGGAGAUUGGGUAUUGAUCGAUGAAGCAACCCAAUCUCAGUUGUCCUCUGGGAGUCUAGGUGUCCCAUCCACCAGUGAACUUACCGCGAGCAAGUUGCCAUUCGCCGAUGGGGACCUAUUCGCUGAUGAGGGGCCAGAAGUUGGAGAGGAGUCAGAGGUUGAGGAGGGGUCGGAAGUUGGGGAAAUGGAGGAGGACUCACUCGAAGCGCCCUCGAUUAAAGCCGAGGAUCCAUCAACAACGGAACAAAUUUUCUCGUCGUUCUUUAACAUCAUUUCUGUUGCUCUCAUCGCAUCGCAGCCUAAACUCGCUCGGGCACACGACUUAUCACGCACCUGGAGUGCAGCAAACUCAUCUCGCCCAGUACCCGGUGAAGAAAUUCCACGGAAACCAGAUCUUACCUUGCUGGAUGAUGUUGAGGCUAGCACAUACCAACCUUCAAGCACCCUUGCGAAGACUCUCGACACCAAAGCUUACCUUCUUCUGAAGCACCAACCCUGGAGACGGUUCGCAUUAUUGAUAUCGGUGUGCAAUAGCUAUCGCGAUCUUCGCGUUCACGUGUACGACCAUUCGGGGGGUGUCGUGAGCCCUUGCACUAGCAUCCAAAAGGAGCCUAACAAAUUCUUGCGCAUCUUGUCGUGCAUCGUCUUCGGCAAUCUAACAUGCAUCGGAUCGAAAGUUCCUCUGACACACCCUCCCACCCCCCGCGAGAUCGAGAGCACGCCCUAUAACGAGAUUGAGAGCGCACCCUCCUGCAACGAGAUUGAGAGCGCAUCCUCCUGCAACGAGAUCGAGAGCACAUCUUCUCAGAUCGGCAACCCCCUCUCUGAGGAGGGCACAGAGCGCGCUGAGGGUGACUCCGCUGAAGACGACUUCGUCGUGGAGCUCCCUAUAGAAAUCCCUCAAGAUCCUACAGUCCACGAACCUCUACCACGGCCGAUCGGAAAAAUACGUGUCAAGGACCACUACUACGAUAUCUUGGAAAUUCUUUUUUCCAGACAGGGUCUUGUGGGUCGCGGCACCGUUUGCUAUCUGGCCAGGAAGGACGGGGAGGAGUUUAUUAUCAAGGAUUACUGGGCCAUGGGGGGAGAUGAAGAAGCCUUGAAUGAGAUCCACAUGAUGGAGAAGAUGAGCGGUGUCCUGCGGUGUCCCCAAGCUUGUCGAAUAUUGGCUUGUCGAAAUUAUCGGUUCAACCCCGCGCGCGAACCUUUGCAUAAAUUCCGCACAAAGUUAGAGUUGUUGACGUCGAUACGAGAUAUUGUGCAGAUUCAGAAGGAAGCGGUGGAACAGCGCAAGGUCCUCCACCGUGAUUGCAGUCUGAACAACUCCAUGAUUGAGGACGAUGGUAACGGCUCCCAAGGAAUGCUGAUAGAUUGGGAGUUUGCGGUGAAAAUCGCCAAAAAUGAGACCUACACUGUUGGGGGCACCGGCACAUUACCUUUCAUGUCCCGAGCACUUCUCUUCCAGCUUCACCUCAAGAGUCCAGGUGACAUGGUGGCGCACAAGGGAGCCUCGAGUUCGAAACCAUACCCAGCCCCCCUGAUCAAGCACAGCUACCAGGAUGACCUCGAGUCCGUGUUCUACGUGUUCAUCUGGAUUUUGAUCGAAUUUAGAGGUCCCCUUGGCAUGAAGCGCAUUCUGGACAAGAGUUGCACUUGGAUACCGCAUGAAUGGUCCGCGUCCAAGUUCAAGGCGUGCUGUGAUAGUAAAACAUCGUUCUUUUUUACGAAGAACACUACUGCCAAGGAACUCACCAACCAGAUCCACCCGUACUUCAAAAACCUCCUUCCCGUUGCAUUGGAGUGGCAUCAUCUGAUAAGAGACCCGAAGAACGUAGGUUUCGACGACAUGAUUUCGAUGUUGAAUAGACAUAUCGCGACAUUUCCAACCAACGAGUUGUCGCCUCAGCUCCUGGUCUCAACGUGGUUGCUCAAGGCACUCAACAAGGCUGACUCGGAGGCUUCAAGCAGUGGCGAGGAAGGGGAAUCUGAAUCACGGUUAGUUGCUGAGCCCAUGGUGCGCAACAAAAACAAACGGGUUAUUGAUUAUCAAUGGACGAUGGAAGCUGUGCCCAAGCCGAAAAGGAGCAAGACUGGAUAGGGACUCGCACACAUAUACAUGUAUCAUUUACAUUUACAUUGGUCAUUCGAGUCACGUGAUAUAACAUGCACUUCCGAAAAACGUAGCACUGACU